AUGGGAAAUUCUCAGGGAAAACCGGUGGCCUUCACUGACGAGGUCAACCUCAACCAUUUCCGCCUGCUCCGCGUCGUCGGCAAAGGAGCCUUUGGCAAAGUCAGAAUUGUCGAACGAAAAGAUUCCGGCUUGACUUUUGCCUUGAAAUAUAUUCGGAAGGAAGAAGUGGUACGAUCAGAAAGCGUCCGAAACAUUAUCCGCGAAAGACGCAUGCUCGAGCAUCUCAACCAUCCGUUCCUAUGUAACUUGCGAUAUAGUUUUCAAGAUAUUGAGUACAUUUACAUCGUUGUCGAUCUUAUGAAUGGCGGUGACCUACGUUUUCACAUCUCGAGGAAAUGCUUCACCGAAGAAGCCGUGCGUUUUUGGAUGGCAGAACUUGGCUGUGCAUUGAGAUAUAUUCAUUCCCAAGGCAUCGUCCAUCGUGAUCUCAAACCGGAUAAUGUGCUACUUGAUUCGCAAGGCCACGUGCAUUUGGCAGAUUUUAACGUCGCAUCCGAUUACAAACCCGGAAAACCGUUGACGAGCAAAUCUGGUACGCUAGCGUAUUUGGCACCUGAAGUCUAUGAAGGCGGCGGUUAUUAUUUUGAAGUUGACUGGUGGUCUUUGGGCGUCACCUUUUAUGAAUGCAUCUACAACAAGCGUCCGUUCGAAGGCCGUAGUCAAGAAGCCCUCUCCGAGGCCAUUAUCAAAGCACAACCGAAAUACUAUGCCACGAACCCUCCUGUCUCGAUCCCCUGCCUACGAGCCAUGGCCGCCCUGAUGGAAAAAGAUCGCAGCAAGCGAAUCGGUGCAACUGGUUUCGAGACCUUCACAUCACACAUCUUCUUUGCCGACAUUGACUUCGAGGCCUUGGAGAGGAAGGAAAUCGAUCCAAUUUUCACGCCGUCUAGCGAAAAGACCAAUUUUGAUGCAACUUAUGACUUGGAGGAGCUUCUUCUAGAAGAGGCACCACUAGAAGCUCGCGCACGGAGACAGAAGCCUCGAGCCGAAUUACGAGACGAUGCGACGGCCAAGGAGAUUCGCGAAGAUGAGUUACAUCGUAUCAUUGAGACCAUGUUCGAGCCUUUUGACUACACGCAGGUCAAUUACGAUGGCAAUGCCGCCGCUGCAUUGGCUGCAUCGUGCAAUCCUGAGGAUCAACUCCCCUCCACAGGAACGAAUACUGGGUCUGGAUCGGUACAUUCUCGACAAAUGUCACAGUCAAAUUCUCUGAGCGGAACAUCCCCUCCUCAACAGGGAGAUAAGUCUUUGGUCAAUCAGGCGGCAAAUUCAGUUGCUCCAACUUCGGUUCCCGAAGAAGAGCGUCUCUCCACAUCGUCCUCCCGAACGAAUCGUCAGCCAGUUCCGCAGCCGCCUACCUCGUUUAGUCGACCACUGCCACCAUUACCACCCAAUCUACGACAGAAGGGGGCUACUCGAAAGAUGAGCAAGGGUGGCGGCGUUCAAAUGGUGUUGGAAGAAUCUGGUAGUUGGAGCGAGCUUGCAGACCAGAGUGCUACCCUUCCGGCAGAAGGAUACGAAGGACUCCUUAGCAAAGGGCAGAAACCACCGAAUAGUGGCAUGCUGUCCUUCUUGAGUCGUAAAAAGGGGCGCGAGCGAAGUCCAAAGCCUACUGAGCCAGGUGUUCUCGGUAAAGAGGGUGCUCGUCAUAUCAUUGCCGGUUGAAGUGACUGAUCAUAAUGAUAAUCGCUUCGCUAAGAGUGCAUGAAAUACAGAGCGCGGCAUCUGCAGUUAACAUAGGAGGUCUUUUUUCGGGUUUAGGAUGAUGCCAGCACGACGUUAGUGCAGCCAUUGGAGUUAGGCUUUCGACUCAUCCGUGGCCUUUUUCGCUCGACUACAGUCGGGCCUGACAUGAUGACGGGUGAUCCAUGUCCAUAUCACCAUCAAGUAUCAUCUCCACUUGCGUCUUUAGGACCGACCUGAACAUACGGUUGUUGGUCAGGAAUAUUUUCUGUUUUGGUUGCAAGAAACGACGUUUCACGAUUUUUCUUACUAAUACAUACACAUACCAUUCCAUAUUCGAGUCAUGUCGCUUGCCAUUGUGCGUUUCGAACUUUCAGUUUGAUACCUGAUACCUUGAACCUAAUACAAGAGUUAUCACAGUUUCCUUUGAAUAUAUGCAUGGGGUGGCACAGUUCUGCUAGUUGGCGACUGACUCAACUUAUGAUGAAUCUCUGUUUUACAUACCCAGCAUUAUUUCAUCUUUCGUGCGUCACAAGUUUGUCAGAUUCUCACUAUAUUUAUUUUCCUGGUUCAUGUAUUUUUACAGAGCGGUUUAGUCAAUAGAAUUCGGCCGUUGUCAUAAUUGAUCUCUAC